AUGGAAGGUAGAUUGAACCUUUUGGAGACGCAGAAUAGUGGUAAACACCCUUCUCAACCUAUUAAUCCUAGAGAAACUAUUAAUGCUGUGACAUUGAGAAGUGGUACACGAACUGUGCAACCAGAAGCUGUUGUGAAAAGCAAAAACCCCAAGGGGACGGUUUUGGAGAAAGAGACUACUGACUCUUCCCAAACCAAUGAGGUACCUAAAACAAACUCUAAACCUCUUGUUUCAACUUAUGUUCCUCCUUUAGCGUUUCCUGGAAGGUUCUCUAACAAAAAUAUGGAACAAGACAAAGGGAUUUUAGAUGUACUCAAAAAGAUUCAUGUGAAUAUCCCGCUGAUAGAUGCAAUUAGGCAGGUUCCUAAGUACGCAAGAGUUUUGAAAGACCUACGCACCAAGAAGAAACGACUAACCGAUAAUGAGGUGAUGAAUGUGGGGAAGAACGUUUCUGCUAUCCUCCAAAAGAAACUCCUACAUAAAUGCAAGGAUCCCAGUAGUUUCAAUAUACCUGUUGGGAUUAAUAAUAAAAGAGGUAUUAUUGAAGAUGUGCUUGUGAAGGUGAAUCAACUCGUAUUUCUAGCUUAUUUCGUUGUAUUGGAAAUGGAUAGCGGGUUGGAUGCAUCUAUACCGCCUUUAUUGGGGAGGCCUUUCAUGAAAACGACCAAAACCGUUAUUGAUGUUGACAAAGGAACUUUGAAUAUGGAAUUUGAUGAUGAAAAGAUUCGCUUCGAUAUUUUUGGAGCAAUGCGGUGUCCUAGCGAUGUUCAUUCGGAUGUUCAUGCUAAUGUCGUAGAUGCAGGCUAA